GUGAGUUCAUUUUCCGGAGGCAUUAAUGACGUAAUUUAAAAUUUAAAAGCGAUGAAAAUUCUGUCCUAUGGGAGAAAAUAAUUGGGCUCUUCUGUCGAGGAAAAACAUUCGCAGAAAUUUCGGCGGUUCUGGGUGGUCGAUCGGAGUUCACUAUUCAUUAAUUUCCCGGUAUACCAACAAGAGAGUAGUCAGAGGGAUAUCUAAGAACGCAAAACAAUGGGCAUAAGAAGUGCAGAUUACACAGACAUUUCUCAGUGGGAAUAUCGUCUGAGGUCUCACAGCGUUCCGCAUGCAUCUGAGAUACACUCAGGAAAGUACCUUGGCGAUAAAUACGAAUACAAACACGUUAUAAUGACAAGAGAGCAAUACAAGAUGUACCGGGAUGAAGUUCAUAGGUUAAAGGGCGGGUUCGUUUCAGAAGAGUUUAUCCUUCAAACCCUCAACAUUCGACAAACCAACGGCUGGGAGCAUUAUUACAUUUAUCCGCCAAAUCCAAACGUAUUAUGCCUAAGAAGAAUUUUGGUUACAAAAUAGUCAAUGUGCAGUGAGUGUUCAAUUUUUGACAAUAUUGUACCCACUGUAUACGAAUAUUGGCAAAGCUGAAGCUACUAUAAAGACCUCAGUACUCCUAAACUGUGGUCAUUC